AUGCCUGGCGGAAUCUUCGAUGGGGCUUUAUUCAAUGGCUUGGAGGACUUUGGGCAGGAGUACCAGCACUCGAUUGCGCCGGCACUGUACGAUGAUGGUACGGCGGUUUUUGGGGGCCCGUCUUUUGGCCAUGCGACCAGUGACACGGCAAAGUUUGGGAUGGACAGCAUACGAUACAUCGGUCCCUCUGACGAACUGGAUCCAGACCUUUUGGCCCUAAGGCCUGUCGACGACAAGCAAGAGAUUCAUUUCCCGAAUGGGACCCAUUGUCGUCGCGUCUCCCGCCACACGCAUUUCGCACUGGUGCCAUACAGCCGUACGCGGGUCCGCGCGCAAGAGUUGCAGGAGUUGGAUGCCAUUGAGAAGAUUGUAUCGCCUCACGGAAAGAGUCUAGUGAACCUCUACUUUCGAAUGGUCCAUCCUUGCUUUCCUAUACUGGACAAGAAAACAUUCAUGGAAAAAUACGCACGGACGCAUCGUGAAUUCUCCUCGCCGUGCCUCGCCGGAGUCUACAUGCUUGCCGCCAAAUGGUGGCACCAUGAUCGGGAGCUUUCUGCUCAGAAAAAGCCGGACAUUGACGGUCUCGAGCGCAUUGCUCGCACGUCUCUCCAGAGCGUGAUUGAUAGGCCCAAAUUAUCCACCCUUCAAGGUGGCCUGUUGCUUCUUCAACAUGGGUGGUCUCAUGAGGGCGCUUGGGCCCUGAGCGCGCAGAUGGUUGCUGUCGCGCAAGAUCUGGGAAUCGACUCUAGCUGUGCUGGUUGGACCAUUCCAACGUGGGAAAGCGGCUUGAGAAGACGCCUAGGCUGGGCCAUCUAUAUGAUGGAUAAGUGGAUGGCGCUUUGCCGUGGUCGACCCUCGCACAUCAUCGACGACGAUUGGACGCCCGAUGUUCUGUCUGCAGAGGAUUUUGUGGACAUUGAGGAUGGAGAAGAAGCCGACGACACUAUUGAGGGCAGCGUGGAUGUUGUUGCCGGGGGCAAAGCCUUCGAAUCGAUGAUUUUUUUGACUCACAUUGUCAGUCAAAUACUGCAGAAAUUCUACUCGCGGAAGGCUUUGGCGGACAAGUCUUCAAACAUCAGGACCGUGCUGGAGCAGAUCAAACCGAUCCAAGUCAGACUUCGAGAAUGGCACCGGGACUUGCCUGCGUCCCUUCAAUUGGACGCAUCCGCGAGCCAAAGACUAUCUCCGAACGCGUCCCUACACCUGGCAUACUUCGCGGCCGAGUUCACGCUUCACCGUGUCCUCCUGCGGUCGCUGCUCCGCCACCCGUGCGACCCGUACAUUGUACAGAUCUGUCGUGCCGCUCCCAAGGAACGGGUUACAUCCGCGGUCGAUCUUGUGGCAAGGCUGGGGGGUCAGCACUUGCAAGCAUUCUGGUAUUCGCCCAGCGGGUACUGUCUCGUCACAAUCGGUACCUUUACAGCACUGAUGUUCAUUACAUCGCAGUCCACCAAGGAGGCCGAGACGUAUAAGAAGACUCUGAGUAACUACCGAUGGCUGCUCCGAGUCAACAGCCGUGCUACAGAGUACAUGGAUUUUGCUGUGCAACGACUUGACCUAUCACUUUCUCACAUCCAUGAGCUGACGGCGGAAGACAUUGUCGGUCAAUCCACACCAGUAGAGACGGGCACGCCAAAGGCGAGCGGUGACGCCCCAUCGCCAGGGUGUCAAGUGGCCACAGCUACUGAUAUGCAAGCUGGACAAACGAGCGCCAUGAGCGAGGCACGCCCCAAGGCGCAGCCAAUACAAUGGACGCAAGAGAACGCCUUGUUAGAGGGAGUCGAUGACACUCUUCCACCAUCGUUCUUCUACGAAGACGCUGUUCUCAACGCGAUGGAGAACCAGUCACCUCUACACAGUUCGCAUCUUCGGCAAUAUCAACUACCGCCUUUAUUGUACCCAAUGUCCCCCGCGUUUGAUUUCGCGGGGGCGACAACACGGACACUGGAGUACGAGUCCCAGCCAUCCGAGCAGGGAGAUUCAAACUAG